AUGAUUGAAUCAUCUAUAAAAUCAAGACUUGAUAAGAUCAUUUCCAUCACAUACAUUUCUUCUGGGCCAGAAUACGCUACAAUUUCAUCUUCUAACACUGAUGACAAGGAGUUUAUGAAGUUGGUACCAAGACAAGAAGGUAGAAACCGAUCGAUAGUUCGAAUGAAUCUGUUUGGAAUCGACGUGGAUUGUUGCAUGGCAACUAGGAAUCACCCAUUUUUUAUACUGUGCAAUCAGCAAAACGGAGAGCGAAUGUUACAGACCAUCCACAACUAUUUCAGACAAUUUUUCGGGUCAUCUAUUGAAUAUCACUUGAAAAAUCAUUGCCCGAACUACAUACCAAGACUGGAGAAUAUCAAGAAUAGUAUUCUUUACUUCGGAAAUGAAGAAGCAGCUGCACAAUUGUUGGAUGGGUACUUAACUCUCUCACCCUCACAGGAAUAUAUCGCAGUCUUUUCAAGCGGAGGAUUUGAAUAUGAAAGGAAUCUGAAAUUGGCUCAGACCAGUGUUCUUGAUAUAUGGAUCCCGGACAGUAGAGCUGGAGGGCUUUUAAAGAAUUUCACUGGGCGACGACUGUUUAUACGUGGAAUAGUCACAGAUGAAGAUGUCAUUCAGUUUCUGAACAGUUGGAUGUCAAGUCAAACACAUCAAAAUUUGGAGUACUUGAAAAUAAAUCGAGGGAGAGGAACUGAUCUAAAUCCAGAGAAAAUAAUGAGAAAUAUUGAAAUGAAACGAUUUGAUCCGAAUCAGAAGAUGCCGGUUUACCAGUGUGAUAAGAGAGAAGUUUUUGACUACUGGAAAAUAGAAGAAUUCAGUAGUCCAAACUUCAUAAUUCGAGAUACUGAUCAACACGUGACAUCACUUGAAAUCACAACACGAGGAAUCCAAUUUGCUUCAUGGAAAAUGACAGAAGAAGAGGUUAUGAGAGGAAGAAUUCAGAAGAAUUUCCAAAGAACUCCUAUCCAAGAAGCAUCCCCUCCCAGAAACUGCAUCUAA